UAUACCAGCCUUGGCCUUUGACAAACUAUUUUUUUACUGAGGGUCAAUCCUAAAGUUACGCUCGGCAAAGACUGAAUUAAAAUAAAACUAACUACAAAGACCGGCACCAGCCGCAGCCCCUAACAUCACGAACGCACUCACCCAGGCAGCACACACGCACUCUACCGCACGCUGCUCGCACCCAGGCACGAAGGCACUCUACAGCACGCACGCACGCACGCACAGGAUGCCCCACCGCCGCAACUAACCACAGACGCUCGCCCCGCUGCCGCAGAAGCUCCGCAGCCAUGCCGUUCGCCGGAACCAGAUCGGCAGCCUCUAAAUCAUCCGCACCUCUGUAAGCUCCUCGCCGGCCUCCGCCACCGAUUUGGCAUCCUCACUCUCCCCAGCCUGCCGGCGGCGGCGCCCCCUGACCAUCGCUGUCCGACGACGACCUCCUCGAGCCCAACGUGCUCCGGUCGACAACGCCGUCGUCCGCGGUAGGGCUCAGCCUCCUCGCCGCGAUCAUGGGGGUCGGGGGCCCAUCCAAUCCGCCGCGCGCCCCGUCCCGGAGACCGCCGCAGGAUCCUGUUCCGCGAUGGCGGCGAGGUCGGCGCCGGUGCGGAUACCGUCGGAUUGGCAGCCUCCAGAUCCGCGCCUCUAUUGCGAGCGGGCACGCGGAUGGGAGCAUCAGGCUGUGGGACGCGGAAACAGGUGGCUGCGAGGCAACCCUCCACGGGCACCGCUCCGCUGCCUCCGCCCUCCGCUUCGGCCCCUCUGGCGCCGUCCUCGCUUCUGGCAGCAAGGACUGCGAUGUCAUCCUCUGGGACGUGGUUGCGCAGGCUGGGCUCUUCCGUUUGCGUGGGCACCGUGAUCAGGUCACCGAUUUGGUGUUUCUCGAUUCUGGUAAGAAGCUGGUGAGCUGCUCCAAGGACAAGUUUAUCAGGGUUUGGGACCUUGAAACACAGCACUGUCUACAAAUCGUUGGUGGUCACCGCAGUGAGAUUUGGUCAAUGGAUGUGGAUCCUAGCGAGAGGUUUUUAGUGUCUGGGUCUGCUGAUCCAGAGCUGCAGGUGUUUAGAAUCCGACAAUCAGUGGAGGAGGGUGAGGAUUGGAGCAAGUGGGAUGUGCUCAAGCUAUUUGGUGAGAUUCCACGGCAGAGCAAGGAACGAGUGGCAAAUGUUAGGUUUAAUAGGGAUGGUAGUCUUGUGGUAUGCCAGGUGGCUGGGAAGACAGCAGAUAUUUAUAGGGUUCUUGAUGAAACAGAGGCUGCACGUAAGGCCAAAAGGCGGGUGAACAGAAAGAAGGAGAAAGCAUCUGCGAAAUCCAUGAUUGCCGAAGAUAAUGGCACUAUCAUUGAUCCUUUACCAGCUAAAAACUUACAAAAUCCCACUGUUAUCGUCACCGAUGUAUUUAAGCUAUUUCAAGUUUUACGGGCAAGCAAAAAAAUAUGCUCGGUUGCAUUCUCUCCAAGUAAUCCUCCAAGAGGAUGCCUUGCCAUUUUGUCUCUAUCACUCAACAAUAACAUGCUUGAGACGUACUCAGUGGAUAGCGAGAAGGUAUCGAAGAUGUACUCGGUUGAGAUGCAUGGACACCGUUCUGACAUCAGGAGCAUCUCCCUUAAUUCUGAGGACAACCUUCUGAUGUCGACUAGCCACAAUGCUGUCAAGAUAUGGAAUCCUAGUACAGGGGAAUGCCUUCGGACCAUUGACUCUGGAUAUGGGCUGUGCAGUACUUUCGUUGGAAAUCGGUUUGCUCUUGUUGGUACACAAAGUGGUGCUUUGGAGAUUGUGGAUAUUGCUAGUGGGAGCUUAACUGAGGCCAUAGAAGCUCAUGCUGGCUCCAUACGAUCAAUUGUACCUAUUCCAGAUGAGGAUGGAACUGUUGGUGCGCGAGGCUUUGUCACUGGAAGUGCUGAUCAUGAUGUCAAGUUCUGGGAAUACCAAUUGGUGCAGAAGUCUGAUAAUGACUCUAAGCAGCUGACUGUAACUAAUGUGAGGACCUUGAAGAUGACCGAAGAUGUCCUUGCUGUCUCGAUCAGUCCCGAAGGAAAGCACAUUGCUGUUGCUCUCUUGGAUUGCCAUGUCAAGGUCUACCACAUGGACACACUGAAACCUUCUCUAAACCUUUAUGGGCACAAACUUCCAGUUCUCUGUAUGGACAUAUCAUCUGAUGGGGCUUUGCUAGUUACUGGCUCCGCGGACAAAAAUUUGAAGAUUUGGGGUAUGGAUUUCGGGGACUGCCACAGAUCUAUAUUUGCUCAUUCAGACAGCGUGAUGGAUGUUAAGUUUGUGUAUAGAACUCAUUAUAUGUUCAGUGUGGGGAAAGAUCGCACUGUGAAGUACUGGGAUGCUGAUAAAUUUGAGUUGUUGUUAACACUUGAAGGACAUCAUGCUGAAGUUUGGUGCCUCACAAUCAGCAGUCGUGGUGAUUUUAUUGUAACAGGUUCGCAUGAUCGCUCCAUUCGGCGUUGGGAUCGUACUGAAGAACAACUGUUCAUUGAGGAAGAGAAGGAGAAAAGAUUGGAAGAAACCUUUGAGGCUGAUUUAGAAAAUGAUGAGUAUAGAUAUGGGCAGAAAGAUGAUGCCCCUGAUGAAGGUUCUGUGGGUGUUCCUGGUAGGAAAACAAAAGAGACAGUAACCUCUGCUGACGCAAUCAUGGAUGCACUUGACACUGCUGAGGAGGAACUAAAACGCAUUAAUCAGCAUAAAAUGGAAGAGCAAAUUAAUGCGAAGGCAGCUAAAUUUCAACCUAAUGUUAUAAUGCAAGGGCAUUCACCUUCAGAUUAUGUUCUGAAUGUAGUUUCAAACAUCCGUCCAAAUGAUUUGGAGCAGGCCCUCUUGGCAUUGCCAUUCUCGGAUGCACUAAAGCUCAUGUCCUACUUGAAGGAGUGGUCUCUAGUUCCUUCAAAGGUUGAGCUUGUUUGUAGGGUUUGCUUAGUGCUCCUUCAGACACAUCAUAAUCAAUUAACUGCUACCCCAGCUGCAAGAUCCUUGUUGACAGAACUUAAGGAUAUUCUUUACUGUAGAGUAAAGGAAUGCAAGGAUACUAUAGGCUUCAACCUUGCCGCAAUGGAUCAUGUAAAAGAAUUGUUGGCGAUGAGAUCAGAUGCACCUUUCCGUGAUGCCAAGGCGAAACUCAUGGAAAUCAAGCAGGAACUGUCGAAGCGGUCAAGUAGGGUCGAUGGGGAUGAAAAAAGGAAAAAGAAGAGAAAGAAAACGUCCGCAGAAAGCUGAGCCAACAAACAAAGAAUGUUGUAUUGUUGUGCUCUACUUUUGUAACUACACAUGGACGUGCUCAUUUGACAUUUCCUUGGUUCACGAGCACGCAGAAUUUUUGAUAGAUGAGUGUAAUCACAAGGUGCGUGGACAUAAAGUGAGAGUAGCAUGGCCCGUCACAUUCAGUUUAGUGUUUUUUUUUUUUGCCGAUUCACAUUCAGUUUAGUCCUAGACCUUACAGAAGGUUCAUAUUCAAACUUUCUGGAUGCCCAUAGAUGUUCGACUUGCGUAUCUGAUGAAA